UUGACAUUCUGCUGUCGCUUCAUAGCAGGAAGGGUAUGGAGACCCGAGCCAGAUGUAAUUCUGGGACGUGUAAAUAGAGUGUACAUAAUUGUAAGGAAAAAAUAUCGCUGUAACAAAGUGACAGGUGCUCCAUGAAGAAUGAAAGAUGCUUCUGUCCCUGGGAAUGCUGAUGUUAUCUGCCACACAGAUCUACACCAUCUUUACAGUGCAGCUGUUUGCCUUCUUGAACCUUCUGCCUGUGGAUGCAGACAUUGGAGCAUACUCUGCUGAUAACAAGACCCAAACCUUUAAUGAUUUACCAGCCAGGUUUGGUUACAGACUUCCCAGUGAGGGAUUAAAGGGAUUCUUAGUGGGUGCAAUUCCAGAGAAUGCCUGUGAGACCAUUGACCCUCCACCCCUAAAGGACAACUCUACAGGCACCUUCAUUGUGUUGAUAAAACGCUUUGAGUGCAAUUUCGACGUUAAGGUUCUUAAUGCCCAGAAAGCCGGAUACAAGGCGGCAAUAGUUCACAAUGUGGAGUCUGAUGAUUUGAUUAGCAUGGGAUCCAAUGACGUGAACAUUGUGAAACAAAUCGACAUUCCUUCAGUAUUUAUUGGCGAAGGGUCAGCCCAUUUUCUUAAAGAAUACUUUUAUGAAAAAGGCGGUCACAUAGUGCUGCUGCCUGAUUUCAGUCUGCCCCUGGAAUACUACCUGAUACCCUUUCUCAUCAUAGUGGGGAUUUGUCUUACACUUAUUGUUGUUUUUAUGAUUACAAAGUUUGUGCAGGACAGGCACAGAGCCAGAAGGAGCCGCCUUCGGAAAGACCAGUUAAAGAAGCUGCCUAUACAUAAAUAUAAGAAAGGAGAUGUAUAUGAUGUUUGUGCCAUCUGUCUGGAUGAAUAUGAAGAAGGAGACAAGCUGAGAGUGCUACCUUGCUCCCAUGCUUACCAUUGCAAAUGUGUUGACCCCUGGCUGACUAAAACUAAGAAAACCUGCCCUGUUUGCAAGCAGAAGGUGGUGCCUUCACAGGGAGAUUCGGACUCUGACACCGAUGAGGCAGACAGCAGUCACGAGGAGAACGACGACGUUUCAGAAAGCACGCCUCUGCUGAGAUCUCUAGCCUCCACCAGCGCUCACUCGUUCGGCACCAUGUCCGAGUCUCGGUCCCACCAGGAAGCGCUCGAGUCCUCGGAGUACGAGGAUGACGACGAUCCUGAGAACGACAGCAGUGAGGCCGAGGAGGAAGCGAGUGUGGAGACUGUGGUUGUUCAGCUGCAGCAGAGUCACCAUGAUGGCAACACCAAAACCCACACCAAUGCUUGAUUCCACUGCUGUCCUUCACAACAAACUCUUCUUCAUACUAAAUCGUGUCAAAUGGUUUCAGAUGUUAUUUCCUUUUUUUUUUUGUUACAAUGCACAUGACCGUCCUUCCUGUCGGUGUCACUAGAUUACCUGCUUACUCAAUUGAAAAGCAACACGUCCUGAAUGAGGUUGUGGGAAAGGAUCCAGUAGGUGUUAGCAGUUGCAUUGUGUACCAAAGAAAAAGAUUAUCUUCAAAAUGCCAUUUUACAAGGGUCCCAUUACAUAUCUAUAUGCCAUACUAAAAGUAUGGUCAAAGAAUGUAGUUCUGUUAAUGUGCAGUAUAUUCUGCAUUGACACUUGGCACUGCAGUGAGGUUUGUUGGCUAUUCUAUCCACUGUGAAAAAAGCUGCAUUUUGCAGUUAUGUACAGCAGCAUGUAUCUGCACUCAGAAACCACACACAGCCCAUCUAUACUGUUUUCAAUAUCAAGAGCUACUGUUUAAGUGUGUAUAAUGUAGAGAAAAGUACACAGCUGUUGCUUACAUAUUUGUAUGCCUCUGUAUCAGAAGGUUAUGAAAUUAAGUAGUACUAAAAUAAUUGCAAUCAUUUAAUGUGUAGAUAAUCUGUAGCAGUUUUUUUCUUAGUAGUAUCAUCUAUAAAUAACUUCAUGAGAAAGAAAAGCAUGCACAGGGGAAGGCAGCAGAAAUGUUGGUAGGCAACAUAAUCACAUAGACUUAAGCCAGAUAUACACUCCUUGCAAGGGUGACGGCACUUUUGUAGUGGUAUCGGCAUUAUGCUUUAGUGCGAGAGGUCCUGGGUUCACGCCCGCCCUCUGCUUGUGUGAUUGCCUCUGCCUGCAUUAACCGAGA